UGUUGAACGUUGGUGGGAUACAACGCAUACUUUUCACUUCCCUUUUGGUGAAAUGGGAUUCACGCCGCUUGAUUGGGUAGUGUUGACAGGAUUGAGUAUUGGAAUUGGGGAUGAUGUUCCGUAUAACCCAGUCAAGUACAAAUUUGAUUAUGUCCGUGAGCAUGUUUUUCCAGAAAUAGAAGAACCCUUAGAUUAUGAAGAUCCCCCAAUCUCUGGAAAAAAACGCCCCCCGGCACAGUGGAUUUCAGAUGCAAUCACAAUUAAAUUUUUGACUACGUAUUUCAAAGAAGAUAUCUUGGUUGCAGCUAAUUUGGAUGACAAACUAGCAGAAAAAGUGGCGAGGGCCUUUUUUAUGUAUGUUUUGGGAAAUUUUUUCUUUUCCAAUGCAAAGAACUACAUUGAUGCGGCUUGGUUAGCUGCUUUUGAGGAUCUAAAUGCAGUUGAUAUGUAUGACUGGGGUGGUCCUGCUUUUGCAAAAUUGUAUGUGGCACUCAACGCAUCUGGUAGGGGACAGAAGUCAUUAUCUGGGCCGUUCCAAAUAUUAGAGUUUUGGGGAUAUGAAUAUCUGGGCAUAUGUAGACCGUGCGACCCAACUAGUGAAGAAAAAUGGCCAAGAACUUCCCGGUGGAAAGCGAAGAAAAAGACUAUCGAUAUUGUUCACUGUAGGAAUGCGCUUAAUCAGUUGACUGCAGACAUCGUGACAUGGAGACCGUGGGAAUCCGCCAUUGGUGUUCUUGACUCUGAUGUUGGUCGCAGGGCUGUGGAGCUUUCAAACAAAAGGGUUAUAUUUACUUGGAUUGGCAAGAAUAUGUGGUACCUAGGAGAACGAUCUUGGAGGCAAAAUCAUCCUACUUUUGGAAUUCCUAGAAAUCCACCAUUUAAAAUUGGCGAGGUCAGUCAUGAGAAAGCAAAACUUGUGAAAGAAGCUGGAUGGGUAGAUGCAAAUAUGUUUGUGAAAGCUGUUUCAUAUAAUAUGUAUCUGCGAUAUUGGCGACAUGUAACUAACUUCCAUCAAUUCGUGACCAAAGUCGAUUGGGUAGUUGAAUUACACGGGGUUGAUGGUGACCGUGUUAAACACCUUAUUCAACGACCUGCUCAGCAUGUACCUAUUCCACCACCACACAACAAUUAUCAUACCUUUUACUCAUCAGAUGAAGAUGCGGUUGCAUUGAGCCGAAAUAAUCUAGCAGUUAGUUUGGGAACUGCCAUUACAAGUAUGACAUGGUCUCAUACUCGUAUAAAAAUACCAAGAAAUCGUGAAGCCGGAGAUAUACUUCUCUGGAAUGACUACUUUUCUGACAACCCCACCUACCCAGCUAACAUAUUUCGUAGGAGAUUCAGAAUGCGGCGAGAAUUGUUCAACCGAAUAUUGGCAGAUGUGGUGUCUAGAAAUCCUUAUUUUGCUCAAAAAAGAGAUGCUUGUGGCAUUCUUGGAUUAUCCCCUCAUCAGAAAGUAACUGCAGCAAUCCGAAUGUUAGCUUAUGGAUGUGCAGCAGAUGCAAUAGAUGAGUAUUUACGCAUUGGAGAAACCACCGUUUUAGAAGCAACCCGUCGGUUUUGCAAGACGAUUGUGAUUGCUACUAUUGUGAUGGCCAUUAAACAACCAGAUACACCGAAAAAAUAUAAAUUUUCAUCGAUGCAAGAGGGAGCACGGAAAGAUGUAGAGCGUGGAUUUGGUGUACUGCAACAACAAUUUGCCAUUGUCAAACAACCUGCACGAAUGUGGAACCCGGAUGUGCUUGCCUAUAUAAUGAAAACGGUUAUUAUUUACAUAAUAUGA